AUGACCACCGUAACCAUUGAUAGAGAACAUCUCAAGAAACUCUAUGCUGAAGAAGAAGCAUUGUUCUUGAAGAAUCAUCCAAAAUGUAAAGAAGCCUUUGAGAAAGCCAAGAACAGUCUUUUGGAUGGUGUUCCCAUGCACUGGAUGAAGAAGUGGACCGGAGGUCAUCCUCUCUUUGUUCAACAAGCAAAAGGAGGUCAUUUCACUGAUUUGGAUGGACACAAAUAUAUUGAUUUUUGUUUGGGAGAUACUGGCUCUAUGACUGGCCACUCACCCGAUGCGGUUGUUGAUUUUGUUUCUCAACAAUUACGUAACGGAAUCACCUACAUGUUGCCCAAUGAAAACGCCAUUUGGGUCGGAGAUGAAUUGAAGAAACGUUUUGGUCUUCCUUAUUGGCAAGUUGCAGUCUCAGCCACCGAUGCCAAUCGUUUCACUCUCCGUAUUGCUCGUCAUAUUACCAAGAGACCAAAGGUUCUUGUUUUCAAUUAUUGUUAUCAUGGUACUGUGGAUGAAGCUUUUAUUACAUUGGGAGAGGAUGGACAACCACAGUGCCGCUCAACCAACAUCGGACCACAAACCAAUCCUGUGAAUACGACUAAAGUGGUUGAAUUCAAUGAUGUAGAAGGAUUGGAAAAGGCAUUGGCUGACCGUGAUGUCGCUGCUGUGCUCUGUGAACCAGCAAUGACAAAUAUUGGAAUUGUCAUGCCACAACCUGGAUUCUUGGAAAAGUUGAGAGAACUCACUACUAAAUAUGGAACUCUCUUGAUUAUCGAUGAAACACACACAAUUUCAGCUGGUUCUGGAGGUUGCACAAAGGAGUGGAAUCUCAAACCAGACUUGUUCACUAUUGGUAAGGCCAUUGGUUCUGGUGUUCCAACUGCAGUUUAUGGACUCAGUGAAGAGGUUGCUAAUCGAUUGAGAAGUGCUCUCAAUCUUGAAGGUAUUGAUGUGGGUGGUAUCGGAGGUACUUUAGCAGGAAAUGCACUUUCUGUUGCUGCCAUGCGAGCAACUUUGGAACAUAUCUUGACACCUGAGAAUUAUGAAUACACCAUUGGCUUGGCAAAGAAAUUCUGUGAGGGAGUUGAGCAAGUGAUUGCUGAUUACAAGCUUCCAUGGAUUGUCAAGCGUCUUGGAUGUAGAACUGAAUAUUGGUUCAGACCAGCAGAGCCAGUGAAUGGUGGUGAAGCUGCUGAAGUGUGUGACUUUGAAUUGGAUCAAUACAUGCACUUGUAUGCUUUGAAUCGUGGAAUUUUGAUGACACCAUUCCACAACAUGGCUCUCAUUUGUGUGAAUCAUACGAUGGAAGAUGUUGAAGUGCACACAAGAGUUUUCCGUGAGAGCGUCGAGGCUUUGUUGAACGUCAACAAGAAUUAA